UGCGGCGUGCAGCGACCGCAGGCCCACGCCGUAAACAGAGAACAUGGCGGCAGCCGCGGGGGUACCUGGGGCCUUAGGUACCCUGCGGGCGGGCCGCGCCCGCUUGGUGGCUGCUUACUGUGCGGGGAUCGGCCCCGGGUGGAGGCUCCCUGGCUCCUGGACCGGCCUGCCGGUAGGGCCGGCCAUCUGGGCUCGGGGCUGGACGCCCGCGGCCGGGGGCGCGGCCUGGCGAAGGGGCUACAGCUCUGAGGUGAAGACGGAGGACGAGCUGCGGGUGCGAUAUCUGGAGGAGGAGAACCGAGGAAUUGUGGUGCUUGGAAUAAACAGAGCUUAUGCCAAAAAUUCACUGAGUAAAAAUCUUGUAAAAAUGUUGUCAAAAGCUGUGGAUGCUUUAAAAUCUGAUAAGAAAGUACGGACCAUAAUAGUCAGAAGCGAUGUCCCAGGGAUAUUCUGUGCUGGUGCUGACCUUAAGGAAAGAGUCAAAAUGCAUUCCAGUGAAGUUGGUCCUUUUGUCUCCAAAUUAAGAGCAGUGAUUAAUGAAGUCGCUAAUCUUCCAGUGCCAACCAUUGCAGCAAUAGAUGGACUCGCUUUAGGUGGUGGACUUGAACUGGCUUUAGCAUGUGAUAUAAGAGUAGCAGCUUCCUCCGCCAAAAUGGGCCUGGUUGAAACAAAGUUGGCAAUUAUUCCUGGUGGAGGGGGGACGCAGCGACUGCCACGUGCCAUCGGGAUGUCCCUGGCCAAAGAGCUCAUUUUCUCUGCACGUGUGCUCGAUGGCCAAGAAGCCAAAGCAGUGGGCUUGAUCAGCCACGUUCUAGAACAGAACCAGGAGGGGGACGCUGCCUACAGAAAGGCCUUGGACCUAGCAAGAGAGUUUUUACCUCAGGGACCUGUUGCAAUAAGAGUGGCAAAAUUAGCAAUUAAUCAAGGGAUGGAGGUUGAUUUAGUAACAGGAUUAGCCAUAGAAGAAGCUUGUUAUGCUCAGACUGUUCCAACGAAAGACAGACUUGAAGGUCUUCUUGCUUUUAAAGAGAAAAGGACCCCUCGCUAUAAAGGAGAAUAGAAGCAGCAGAAAUCUUUAAAAUGCCAGUGUAAUAAAUGUACUUCUGGAAGUGUCUUCCAGAUCCAUGAAUGCCUCAGCGCCUGGAACCCCAGCGACCAAAGUAAAGAGCAAGUUGUCUGUAUACCGAAUUAAGUACCUGGAGUGGGCCUGUAUGUGUACUUUGUUCCAGUGUGUAUCGUCAUAUUCAUUCAGGUUUAUAAAGCUAGUAGUGUAUCCUGUCAGAAACACCAACUCAAAAUUAGGUGUACGUUUUUAAAUACCUCCUGCAUAGGAGGCUUUCUGUUCCUAAUCUUUUUAAUGUGAAUAAUUUAUAUAUUGCACACUCUAGGAAAUAAUACUGAUUGUAUGUCUCCUGUGCUGCAGUAUGAAAAUAAAAUUAUUUAUAUAUACCAAAAAUGUGACGUUAUACCAAAUAAAAUUUCUAAGGGAUUAUUCACACAUGUACCCUCACACAUACAUCUCAUACUGAAGAAGGAGUUGAUCGAAUUCUGAGUGAAAAUGACCAAAUAUAAAUAAAAUUAGUGAAAAACUUGGAAA